GAUGCCCGCUCGCCCGCUGCCGCUCCGGUCCCGUCCGAGUCCCGAGUUGUGGUCGCGGCCGGGAGGGUCACAUUCGGACCCCGCGGAAGAAGAUGAGCCUGAAGUCCGAACGCCGGGGAAUUCAUGUGGAUCAAUCUGAGCUCCUGUGCAAGAAAGGAUGCGGUUACUACGGCAACCCUGCCUGGCAGGGUUUCUGCUCCAAGUGCUGGAGGGAGGAGUACCACAAGGCCCGGCAGAAACAGAUCCAAGAGGACUGGGAACUGGCAGAAAGACUUCAGCGGGAGGAGGAAGAGGCCUUCGCUAGCAGCCAGAGCAGCCAGGGAGCUCAGUCCCUCACAUUCUCCAAGUUCGAGGAAAAGAAAACCAAUGAGAAGACCCGCAAGGUCACCACGGUGAAGAAGUUCUUCAGUGCCUCUUCCAGGGUUGGAUCCAAGAAGGCAGAAAUUCAGGAAGCCAAAGCUCCCAGUCCCUCCAUAAACCGGCAAACCAGCAUUGAGACGGAUCGAGUGACUAAAGAGUUCAUAGACUUUCUCAAGACCUUCCACAAGACAGGCCAAGAAAUCUAUAAACAGACGAAGAUGUUUUUGGAAGCAAUGCAUUACAAAAGGGAUUUGAGCAUUGAGGAGCAGUCAGAAUGUACUCAGGACUUUUACCAGAAUGUGGCCGAAAGAAUGCAGACUCGUGGGAAAGUGCCUCCAGAGAAAGUGGAGAAGAUAAUGGAUCAGAUUGAGAAGCACAUCAUGACCCGUCUCUAUAAAUUUGUGUUCUGCCCUGAGACUACUGAUGAUGAGAAGAAAGAUCUUGCCAUUCAAAAGAGGAUCAGGGCUCUGCACUGGGUGACACCUCAGAUGCUCUGUGUCCCCGUCAAUGAAGAAAUCCCGGAAGUGUCUGACAUGGUGGUGAAAGCGAUCACAGACAUCAUUGAGAUGGACUCAAAGCGUGUGCCUCGGGACAAGCUAGCCUGCAUCACCAGGUGCAGCAAACACAUCUUCAACGCCAUCAAGAUCACCAAGAAUGAGCCAGCCUCUGCCGACGACUUCUUGCCCACCCUCAUCUACAUCGUCCUGAAGGGCAACCCCCCUCGCCUGCAGUCCAACAUCCAGUACAUCACUCGCUUCUGCAACCCCAGCAGGCUUAUGACGGGCGAAGAUGGCUACUACUUCACCAACCUGUGCUGCGCUGUGGCUUUCAUUGAGAAAUUGGAUGCUCAGUCGUUGAAUUUAAGUCAGGAGGAUUUUGACCGAUACAUGUCCGGCCAGACUUCCCCAAGGAAGCAGGAGUCUGAGAGUUGGUCCCCCGAAGCCUGCUUAGGUGUGAAGCAAAUGUAUAAGAACUUGGACCUCCUGUCUCAGUUGAAUGAACGGCAGGAAAGGAUCAUGAAUGAAGCCAAGAAACUUGAAAAAGACUUAAUAGACUGGACAGAUGGAAUUGCCAAGGAAGUUCAAGACAUUGUUGAGAAAUACCCACUUGAGAUUAAGCCCCCAAACCAACCCUUAGCAGCCAUUGACUCUGAAAACGUGGAGAACGACAAGCUCCCGCCGCCACUGCAGCCGCAGGUGUACGCAGGGUGAUGUCUUGCUCAUGGCCAUAUUUACUUGGGGCUGAGUUCAGGGAGCUGCUGCGUUCCACUGUUCAGGUCUGGAAUACGAAGUAACUGCUUAAGUCAUCAAAGUAUUUUUAAGGUACAGUUUUAGGAAUUGUUUUGUUUAUUUUCUUUCUUUUUUUUUUUUUUCCUUUUUGUUAGCAGGGAAGCUAGUAAAUAAUAAUGCACUAUUUAUUUGAGUUGGUGAAGUAGGGUUGUGUGAAUUCUGUUUCAAUCUUUUAUGUCCUCCCUGAUUUUCCCAUGGGCUUCCUCUGUGGUAGACACUGUUGUUGGUUUGGGGCAAAUAUGCCUUUAAAAGGAUAAAACAGAUACUACAAAGUCUAUGUUGAAAUGAAUCCGAUAUUCCCACACUCUCCCAGUGUGAAGUAAUUUUGUAAUUGUAAAGAUAGAAGAUAUGUUAAUAAGUAAAUAUGUAAAAUUGUAAAUAUGUAAAAAAAAAAAUAGGGCUGGGGGAGGGAUGGUGUCCCCGUGCAUGGCAUUUCACAUGCUGUUUGGGGUUUUUUAGGUGAAAAUGAAAUAUAUUGAAUGUUUGCCUUUA